UCCAACCCCACAGCCUACCCCACAGCCUACGCCCCCGCUCUUAAGGACGACGCGCGACGACUGGACGACGAUAACAGGGUACAAUGCACGUCCCCGACCUCGUACGCGAGUCCACCCUCGGCCAAAUCGUCUACUAUGUCUCUGGCCGACGCCUCUUCCGGUACGCCGAGGAGAAGGAUGACUACCAGAUACCAGAGAGGUACGCCCGAGCGUCCGCAACAGCCCCGCUGAAUGAGAAGUCGGCCGCGCGCCCGUCGUCGUCAUCUACACGGCCACCAUCCGACUCCGGAACGGCGGUGAGUGAUCAGGCCGGCGGGAUGCUGCGAAGGAGGAACUCUGGCCAGUCGAGGACGUCGGACCAGUCCCAGCCGAGCGACCGCAGCACACUGGUGAAUCAGGACGCGGCGGGGCAAAGCGGUCUUCGUCCCAAGAAGCAAGGCGACCCUGAAGAGGGCAUGCUGCCGCCCGAGGUGCAGCAGAAUCAGGCCGCCGAAGUCAGGGAGGAAAAGGUGAACGCCAACCUCGUCGACUGGUAUGGGCCGAAUGACCCGGAAUGCCCUAUGAACUGGAGUUUCGCCAAACGCUGCUUCGUCACGUUCGACAUCUGCCUCAUCACCUUCGCUAUCUACAUCGGCUCCGCAAUUUACUCUCCCGCGACAGACCUCAUUGCGCAGCAGUUCGGCAUCUCCGACGUCGCCGCGACGCUCGGGCUCACGCUGUUCGUCCUCGGGUAUGGCGUCGGGCCCAUGUUCCUCUCGCCGCUCUCCGAGAUCCCGCAGCUGGGGCGAACCUUUGUGUACAUCGCUACGCUCACGAUCUUCGUCGCCAUCCAAGUCCCGACGGCAUUGUGCGAGAAUCUCGGGGCGCUGCUCCCGCUGCGGUUCCUCGCGGGCUUCGUGGGCAGCCCGCCGCUCGCGACAGGAGGUGCAAGCCUUGCCGACAUGUGGGGCCCGGAGGACCGUGCGGUGGUCAUCGGCCUGUGGGGUCUGGCGGCGAUUUGUGGUCCGGUGCUGGGUCCUUUGAUCGGUGGCUUCGCUGCGCAAGCGAACGGAUGGCGCUGGACGAUCUGGCCUUUGCUCUGGCUGAGUGGUGCGGCCCUGGCGUUUUUAUUCGUGCUCCUCCCGGAGACCAGCUCCUCAGCUAUCUUGUACCGCCGCGCUGUCCGUCUCCGCCGGUUGACCGGUAACCAGAAUCUGAAGUCGGAAGGCGAGAUCGAGAGCGAGGAGAUGACCCUCGGUGAAGUGGCGAAGAUGACGCUCGUCCGGCCCUUCGUGCUCGCUUUCCGCGAGCCAAUCGUGGCGAGCUGGAACCUGUACAUCAUGCUCGUGUACGGGAUCCUGUACAUCUUCAUCCAGUCCUUCGAGGUCGUCUUCGUCGAGAGGCACGGGUUCAACCUUGGGCAGAACGGGCUCGCCUUCAUGGGACUGUUCGUCGGCGCUCUCGUCGUGUAUAUGCUCUACGUGCCGUACUUCAUCGUGUGUGUCAAGCCCAAGUUCGCGGAAGGCAAGAAUUUCACGCCGGAAGACAGGCUGCCGCCUGCGAUGGUGGGAGCGUUCUGCCUGCCGAUCAGCCUGUUUUGGUUUGGUUGGACGGCCUCGUCGAGUAUCCCGUGGAUCGUUCCUAUCAUCGGCAGCUCUUUCUUCUCCAUCGGUACGUUCCUGCUUUUCAAUGCGGGGUUGAACUACCUGCAAGAUUGCUACCCGAAGUACGCUGCGUCGGUCCUUGCCGGUAACGACUUGUUCCGGGCGUCCGUCGGCGCUGGGUUUCCGCUGUUCUCAACAGCUUUCUUCCACAAUGAGGGUGUCGGCCAGGCGUGUUCCAUCCUGGGCGGCAUCAGCAUCGCGAUGAUUCCGAUUCCGUUCGUUCUGUAUCGAUACGGCCACAAGAUUCGGGCGAGGAGCCGGUAUGCUCAGGCCUGAGGAAUGUUUCGGGGGCCAGUGUAUAGAUUGCGCAUUGGGUGUUCUGUAUCAUAGGCUGUACGUUAGACGGGUACGAUACCUUACGAUGAUAGGUAGAGAUACAAUAUUCAUCGGAGUUUUCUGAA